GUGUUCGCCCUUUAUGUCCCAGCCUGAGCGCCGUUCAGCCGCCGUGUCUCGCUCCGAGUCCCGUAGUGAAUCAGAAGAUGGCGGAAGCUCCCCUACGGACCUGCCGGUUUUUCUGUCACCGAUGUUCAGAAGAGAUCAGCCCUCGCCUCCCGGAUUACACCUGUCCACGGUGUGAAUCCGGCUUCAUUGAAGAGUUACCAGAGGAGAGAAGUGCAGAGAAUGGGUCCACAUCCACACCCUCCACCAGUGAUCAGAACCGUCCCCCAUUCGAGAAUGUGGACCAGACCUUGUUUACCUUCCCGCAUGGCUAUGGUCAGUUUGCUCUGGGGAUCUUUGGUGAGGGCUUUGAUCUGCGGGCGGGGUUGCCCACUGAGGACAACCGUGAGGCAGAGAACCGCAGAGAGCGGGAGAUGGCCUCCCGCCAGCGCUACGGAGCCAGACAGCCACGGGGACGCCAUGUCCCCCGGAGACAAGGGACGCGGCAUGAAGGGGUGCCAACUUUAGAGGGAAUAAUUCAGCAGUUAGUAAAUGGAAUCAUCGCACCAACAGCUAUGCCAAACAUGGGCAUGGGACCAUGGGGAAUGCUACAUUCAAAUCCAAUGGACUAUGCAUGGGGUGCCAAUGGAUUAGAUGCUAUUAUAACACAGUUAUUGAAUCAGUUUGAAAAUACGGGUCCACCUCCAGCAGACAGAGAGAAAAUCAAAAGCCUCCCAACAGUUCAGAUCACAGAAGAGCACGUGGCACGACACGUGUCCAGUAUGCAGGAAGAGCCUGAGCGGGCAGAACACAGCUACAGAUCCUCCGGGCUUAUCAGGAAUGAACUUCUCUCCUUCCUCGUCAUCCUCUUCCUCCUCCAGUUCCCCCAGCAACGAGAAUGCUGCCAACAACUCCUAAAAAAAAUAAAAAAUAAGUCCUCCCCCGCAUACCCACACACAACCCCUCAAACACAUUAUCAUCAUCUCAGUCUGACAGUGCUAGUGUGGCCAAACAGCGUAAUUCAGAACCUCCUAAAGCUUGAAUACCUCCAAUCCCCCAAACAUGCACUCACAUGCACACAGACACACACACACACACACACACAUAUACACAGAGUUGUCCCUCUUCCAAAUCUCUUAGUAAUGCAGCAACUGCUCUGGAGAGCUGGGGAAUGUUCUGUUCUAGACUGUUCUAGAAAGCCAGAUCAGACUCAGUUCUGCAGUUACUGGAAUAGAAUCACGGCGGGGGCUGAGCUGAAACCUGGCUAUGAUCGUCCAGAGUGCACCCUUUAAGGCCGGCACCACACCAGCGCCCUCUGGUGGCGAGCCAGAGACGCCUUGUCGUCAUCAUCAUCGGACUCACUGGGACAAGCGCCAAAGGAUACCUUGCUAACCAAGCAGAGGAGGAAAAAAACACAUGCCACUUUCAAUAUACCGUCACCAAUACUACAGUGCUUUUUUAUCAUUGAACUGGAGAAUGAUCAUUCCUCAUGGUUUGUGUCCAUUUUUCUUUUCUUUUUUAAAAGCAUGGUGGGCAAUACAUGUCCAAAUUUGGUGAUUUUAAUUGAAAAAGUGUGGGGUUUGAAAAAGAAGGAGGGGGAGAAAGACAUGGAGAAAGUUAGAAGUGCAGAACGUUCACAGAACUCUUCCAGAGCUAGAGUCUCACACAUACCCACUCGCUCAGCCAGCCAAUAACCGACUGGAUUUGAAAGGCAUUUUAACGGAGACUUUCUUGCAUCCCGAAAACGGGACACACAUUCAACUAGAAACUUUUGUUUUUCUUAUAUUGUGUUUUUAUUAUAUGAUUUUGAUUUCUUUUUUAUUCAUAUAUCGGUGGCUAAGUGAUGCACUGUAUGUGAAUACACAUACAGUGAUAUUUAUUAAGGAAAUAAAAGAAUAAAACAAGAACUAGACCAGAAAAAAAGCCAACUGAUAUGAGAACAUCUCACAAAGGAGAAAAAAAGUGUUGCUUUCAUCUCUGUAUAAAGUAUUUAUUUGCACAAUGUUUUGUUUUCCUCACUAUUAGAACAAUGAACAAAGAUGGUGAAGCUACAGUUAGAAUGAGAUUGAGUGGUCCAUCGAGCAUUUGAUUUUUAAGACUUUAAUUUUUUUUAAAUAUAUAUAGUUUAUCCAGCAUUUUUUUAAGACUUCAGUUAAGACCCACACAGCCUGGUAAUAAAUGUCAUAUUUCCCUCAUCCUUAAAUGCAGCCACACUCGCAUUUUUUAUUUUAUUAUUAUUACUUUUUUUUUCCCAUCUUCCCAUUCACAUAUUCAGUGACUCAGUUCCAUAAACCCCUUUUUUUUAACUUAUUCUAAGUUAAAUGAUUUGUUUUUGUAAAUCAUAAUAAAGUGAAAGAAGAAUGUA